AUGGCAGGCAAUCCAGUCCCUGUCCCAAAACCGGAAGAAGACAUCAAGAUCCUCUGCAUCAAAGACCUGCAAGACGCAGCAGCGAAGAAGCUCCCCAAGGGAAUUCUCGGUGAUAUACUCAAACAUCGGAGUAUCGCGCCCCAGCCCGCUUGCUGAUACCCAGAUUCCCUCAGAAUUCUACAACUCCGGCUCCACAGACCAAAUCACCGUCAACGAAAACUCAACAGCCUUCAAUAAAUACCGCAUCCGUCCACGAGUCCUCCGGGAUGUCUCUAACACGAAUACCUCCACAACCCUUUGGAACCGCAACGUCUGUUUCCCCCUAGGAAUCUCCCCGGCAGGAUUGCAAGCCGCCGCCCACCCGGAAGGCGAAAAAGCCACCGCCCGUGCCGCCGCGAGGAGAGGAAUCAACAUGGCCAUCAGCUCAUUUGCAAACUAUUCCGUAGCAGAAAUCCGCGCCGCGGGUCUCGACGUAGGACCCAUCGAUCACGCAAUGCAGCUGUACACCCUGCAAGACCGCGACCUCGAACUCCGGAUGAUCCAGGGUGCGGAGAGACAAGGCUGUAAAGCCAUCUUCCUCACCGCCGACUCUCCCGUGCUAGGGGUCCGAUAUAACGAAUGGCGAAAUGAUUUCCGGGCCCCGCAAGGUCUGGGAUUCCCCAAUGUGAACUGGUCGACGGAGACGACGCAUGAUUCCGCUUUCAAGAGUUUCAAUGCGGAUGACCAUUCCUGGGAACGGGAAAUCCCUUGGCUGAGGAGUGCUACGAAAAUGGAAAUUUGGAUCAAGGGCGUUCUGACUGCGGAGGAUACUCUGAAAGCGAUUGAGAUGGGCUGUGAUGGCAUUCUUGUAUCGAAUCACGGAGGCAGACAACUUGAUGGGGUUCCGGCGAGCGUAGAUGCCCUACCCGAGUGUGUUGCUGCUGCGGAGGGGAGGAUCCGGAUUCAUGUUGAUGGGGGAAUUCGAUCGGGGACGGACAUUUUCAAGGCUUUGGCUUUGGGAGCGGAAUGUUGUUGGGUUGGACGACCUGCGCUGUGGGGGUUGGCGUAUGAUGGGGAGAAGGGAGUCGAAAUCAUGAUUGAAACGCUGGAGAAUGAGUUUAGGAAGUGUAUGCAGUUGGCCGGGUGUAGGAGUGUGAGGGACAUUACGAAGCAAUGUCUUGGCGUUGUUAGGAGUGAUGGGCCGUUGGCGAGGCUGUAG